AAACAGACACCGACACCGAACGAUGAACUUAAUGAGUCCAUUGAUAGCAUGGCCGACAAAACUCAAGAUCUACGACGUCAAUUAUUCCAAGAUUUUCCGACGUCGUCGAUUCAACUGUGGAAACUUUGAACCGAAAUCCUCGCGAGAAAAUUGACGGGGAAGCUGUUGUUCAGGCAUCGCAACUUUGGAGCGGAGUUCCCUUCGUUGUGAAGAAUUGAUCGCAUGAAAACUGCCCAAUCGUAAACUGCUCAAUGUCAUUAUACCUGGACAGAAGUUUGACAGUAAGAGGCGAGUCUUGUCAUGGACCCGGCCGCCUUUCUCGAAAGACGAACUCAAUUGAGAAUUGAAGAACAAACUGAAAGGAUUUUAUCCGGAGCGCGAAGAUUAUCCGACUUACCAACAACACGUCCAACAACGAAGGAAAGGUUACUCGAAGAAUGCGUCAAAGUUCACACGGCCCUACAAGAACUUGUUUCUAUAUACAUACAUUAUGCCGAGACAAAACAGACACCGACACCGAACGAUGAACUUAAUGAGUCCAUUGAUAGGAUGGCCGACAAAACUCAAGAUCUACGACGUCAAAUGCGUGUUGCCGUGGCUGAUCAUAUCUCGGAUACCUUUCGACACUCUGUACCGCUGAUGUUGCUUGUUGACGCUGCCAAAGAUGGUAAUCAACGUGGGGUCGAGGAAUGCGCCAUUGUGUUCAGCGAAGGAGCUGCGAAGCUGGAAGAGGUCGCCAAUCUUGCUUGCUCUGUGUCUAAUAAUGCUGAGGGAGUUAAACUUUUUCGAGUGAUCACCAAGAAAAUUCACAAUUUAUGUCCACAGGUGAUAAAUGCAGCCCGCGCGUUGGCAGCCCGCCCACGUAGUCGUACGGCAGGUGCCAAUAUCGACACAUUCAAAGCGACUUGGGAAAGUCAAGUUCAUCUUCUGGUUGAAGCUGUAUGA